AUGUUGUUGCAGAAUUCAAGAGGUCACAAGCUGGUGGAUCUCGUAACGCAAAAGAAAGAUACAUGUCUUCGUUGUGAUUGUUUUAAAGCAAGCAUAUCAAGUGCAACAGACACUGCGGAAAUUGAGCAGUUGAAAAAUGAACAUAAAGCCCACUUAGAUCACGCGUAUAAAUUGAGAGACCAAGUGAAAACUGAUUCGGCUCGUGCUAAAACUGAGGAUUCACUGGAGAGUCUAACCUUUGAUCUCGAAAAAACUCAUUGCUUGCCUCGAUUACCCACAAGUAUUGUUUAUUAUAAGAGACAACUCAAUUUACAUAAUCUCGGCAUACACUGUGGUAGUUCUGGAAAAGGCUAUUUUUACAUUUGGUUGGACAUGAAGCUGGUCGUGGGACUCAAGAGGUGGGAUCUUCUAUAA